AUGGCAGCCUCUAGAGCAUCCAAACUUUUCGCGGCAGCAGCAGAGACGGUGAGUUCCUCAGCCCGAAAACAAGUUCUAAGCUUGACGGAAACCGCCGCCACCAGAAUCCGCGACCUCUUGCAGCAGCGCCAACGCCCUUUCCUCCGUCUUGGCGUCAAAGCUCGCGGUUGCAAUGGCUUGUCGUACACUCUUAAUUACGCAGAUGAGAAAGGGAAGUUUGAUGAAUUGGUUGAAGAUAAAGGUGUGAAGAUAUUGAUUGAUCCAAAGGCACUGAUGCAUGUGAUUGGAACUAAGAUGGAUUUUGUUGAUGACAAGCUCAGAUCUGAGUUUAUUUUCAUCAAUCCCAACUCCAAAGGGCAGUGUGGUUGUGGAGAGUCGUUUAUGACAAGUAGUUCAAAAACAGCUAAAGGUGGUGGUAGUUAA